AUGUCCACGGGCAAUACAUUCUCACCAUUUCGCAUCUCCCGAGCUGAUCGGGAGAGACUCGAUCGCAAUGAGGCUUUCAAGGCUGUCCGGGAGCACCUGAGACGUCAGGAGCAGGGCAUGGAUGCUCCCAGUUUUUGUUCUUGCCACCGACAUUCAUGCUCAGAUGAAGAACAGGAGAUAUUCCGUCUGCAUCGCGACAUAAUCCACACAAUCUUUCUGCCGUUGUUCUUGCUCCAUAACCAGGUCUCACGCCUCGCGGCGAACGUCCUGCCCAGUCACCGAGGAGCAGAACCGGAGCGAGCGUUCCGCGGGGAAGCACGAAGCGCGUAUACCUGGCUUGACUGCAUCCUGCGUGAGGAGCACGACUGGUACUUGACCGAACGUUGCCCUGCCUGUAUCGUUCAGCACGUCUUACAUUCCGAGCCGACCAUCCGUUUUGUUGCGGCCUGGACUUGCUCAAUGCCAAAAGACGCUUACCUAACUCCGACUUUUGGUUCGAGGCACUGGAAACAGCCGUCCGGGAGGAUCCGUUUUGGGGGGGAUGACUUCUGGCCAGAUAUCGAGUAUCGGGCGUGUGCAUUGACUGACGGGGUGAAGCAGCUGGUUCUGCAGUGCUUGGAGCUCCGCACCGCUCUGGAUCGAAAAAGCUUGCAGUCGCCAUCUUUGUACAACACCGCCAUGCACUACCCGUCGCCGACCGCGGUCAAGACAUCCAACUGCGUGCAGAAGCACUCGGCGAUGACUAACGAGGAGUCAACCCAACUCUCGAAAAUCGCUGCCAAUCGUUCCAUGCAAUCAUGUUGGAAUGAUAGGCCCCAGAGAUUCCACACACGGCGACAUGCCGAUGCCCGGAGAAGGUCUAUCACCUCUUGA